AUGCGACGGAAUGACAAAGUCAAUGACAAUGACAAUGAAAAAAAAAAAAAAAAUGGUAUGAAAAUUAUUCUACUUUAUCAUCUUGAUUGUUUUUAUUUUCAUAUACAAUUCUACUUGAUAAGAGCCAUGUCUUCACAUCACGAUAGACGCCAUCAAUUUACUCAUUCAAAUACUCAAAGAAGAGCGUCUGUGGUAUAUGGAUCAGUAGGUAAGGGAGGGUUAUAUUUACCUUCUGAUUUCAUACCACCAUCAUCCAAUCAAGACCAAAAUGUUUUUGACGAAGAAUUGGAAAGAGAUAACCAAGUUCCAGAAUCGUCCUCUUUACCAAAUGAAUCUCAACCUUUAUUAUCACCAAAUACUUCUGCAUUUCAAUAUAAUAAACAAAGAAGAAGACUGAGUGUUGUUGCCCAUGAAUUAGUUGAAGAAGAACGUGAAUUAUUAAAAGCUCAUCAUAUCAGUGUCCUGGAAGAUAAUGGUAAUAAUGAUGAUGAAAUUAGAGAUGCUUUUGAAAGUGCCAUAGUUAAUAAAAAUAUCGCAUCUACUACCGCAAGUUUUGAAUUAAAAUCUUUAGUUAAAUCAUCUAUACCAUUAGUUGCUACUUUUCUAUUGCAAAAUUCUUUAUCCACUGUAUCCGUUUUCAGUGUGGGCCAUUUAGGUGCUACUGAAUUAGCAGCUGUUUCUAUGGGAGCCAUGACUGCAAACAUUACUGGAUAUGCUACUAUUCAAGGUAUUGCAACUGCAUUGGAUACUUUAUGUCCUCAAGCAUUUGGAGCCAAAAAAUAUACAUUGGUUGGUUCUUAUUUACAAAAAUGUACUGCAUUAAUUUUCAUGGUUAUGUUACCAGUUUUAUUUGUAUGGGUUUUCUUUGGAUAUGAUUUGAUUUGUUUAAUUUUGCCCGAUAAAGAAACAGCUAAAUUAUCUGCUGUCUAUUUACAAUAUGUUGCAUUUGGGAUCCCGGCUUAUAUACUUUUUGAAUGUGGUAAGCGUUUCUUACAAGCACAAGGUAUUUUCCAUAUCUCAACUUAUGUUUUAUUAAUCGCAGCUCCUUCAAACUUAAUCAUGAAUUUAGUAUUUGUUAAACAUAUUGGAUAUUUAGGUGCCCCAAUUGCCGUGGCUAUAAAUUAUUGGAUUAUGUUUAUUGGAUUAGUAUUAUUUACUUUAUUCUAUGUCAAACCAGAAGAUACCCCAACUGGAUUACAUCCAAUGAAAUGCUGGGGAGGUUUUAGCUUUAGUGAUACGUUUCAUGGAUGGGGUAGAUUAGUUCUGUUGGCUAUUCCAGGAUUAAUUAUGUUAGAAGCUGAAUUUUUAGCAUUUGAAAUUUUAACAUUAAUGGCAUCAUAUCUUGGAACCACAGCAUUAGCUGCUCAAGCUGUUGGUACCACUAUGGCAUCCUUGACUUAUCAAGUACCAUUUGCUGUUGGUAUCGCUGCAUCUACUAGAAUUGCCAAUUAUUUAGGUGCUGAAUUACCAACUGCUGCUAAGAUCACCACUCAAGUUAGUUUAUCAUUUGGAUUAGUCAUUUCAAUGUUGAAUUGUUUUGCAUUAAUGAUUUUCCAAUGGCAAAUUGCUAAUUUAUUUUCAAAUGAUAAAGAAGUUAUUGACACUGUGUUGGAUAUCAUGUGGUUAAUUGCCUUAAUGCAAAUUUCAGAUUCCAUGAAUGCAACUUCAGCAGGUACUUUACGUGGUCAAGGCGCUACUCGUAUUGGUGGUAUUGUCAAUAUAGUAUCUUAUUAUCUUGUUGGUAUUCCAUUAUCUAUAUAUUUAUCAUUUUACUCACCAUGGAAAGGAUCAUUGGACGGGUUAUGGAUCGGUAGUACUGUGGCUUUAACAAUCAUUGGAUGUGUUCAAAGUUAUUUUGCCCUUUUUGCUGAUUUUGAUAAACUUUGUGACGAUGCAAGAAAAAGAACUUCUGCUCCAAGUCAUGUAUAG